AUGGAAGUGGUGGGCGGCAAGGCAGAAGCAGCCGCUCGCACGUUGCGCCCAGGACCGGGAGCCAUGCUUUUCCACGGGAUCUCCGGGGACCACAUCCAAGGUAUCAUGGAGGAGAUGGAGAGAAGGUCCAAAUCGGAGUCUCGCCUGGCCAAGAGCAUGCAGAUCAACGGCAGAGAAACGACCAUGCCCUCCAUGAGCCCGGAAAAACCUGCCCUAUGCGCCGGCUGCGGGGGCAAAAUUUCGGACAGAUACUACCUCCUGGCCGUCGACAAGCAGUGGCACCUGCGCUGUCUCAAAUGCUGUGAAUGUAAACUAGCGCUAGAAUCGGAGCUAACGUGUUUUGCCAAGGAUGGCAGCAUCUACUGCAAAGAGGAUUACUACAGAAGGUUCUCGGUGCAGAGGUGCGCGCGCUGCCACCUGGGCAUUUCCGCCUCGGAGAUGGUGAUGCGCGCGCGAGACUCCGUGUACCACCUCAGCUGCUUCACAUGCACCUCGUGCAACAAGACCCUCACCACCGGCGAUCAUUUCGGCAUGAAGGACAGCCUCGUCUACUGCCGCCUUCACUUCGAGAGCUUGGUGCAGGGCGCCGACUACCACCCACAGCUCAACUUCGCAGAGCUGGCUGCCAAGGGCGGCGGCCUCGGCCUCCCCUACUUCAACGGCACCGGCGCUGCUCAGAAGGGACGACCAAGGAAGCGAAAGAGCCCGGCCAUGGGCUUGGAUUUACCCACCUAUAACACAGGCUGCAAUGAGAACGACGCGGACCACUUGGACCGGGAUCAGCAGGCCUACGCGCCGACGCAGAAGACCAAACGCAUGCGUACCUCCUUCAAGCACCACCAGCUGCGGACAAUGAAAUCCUACUUUGCCAUCAACCACAACCCGGACGCCAAGGACCUCAAGCAGCUGGCCCAGAAGACGGGCCUGACCAAAAGAGUUCUGCAGGUUUGGUUCCAAAACGCGAGAGCCAAAUUCAGAAGGAACGUUUUACGACAGGAGAACGGAGGUGUUGAUAAGGCUGAUGGCACCUCGCUCCCUCCGCCCUCGUCCGACAGUGGGGCCCUGACCCCCCCCUCCAGCGCAGCCACGCUAACAGACCUGACAAACCCCUCAAUUACUGUAGUGACGUCCGUCACCUCUAGUUUGGACAGCCACGAUUCGGGGAGCCCUUCACAAACUACCUUGACGAACCUUUUCUAA